AUGCCAGAGGCUCCACCAGACUGGCAGGAGAUCCUGACCUACUUCCGUGGCUCUGAGCUCCAGAACUACUUUACCAAGAUCUUGGAGGAUGACCUGAAAGCCAUCGUCAAGCCCCAGUACGUCGACCAGAUCCCCAAGACUGUCAAGGGGACUGUGGGCUCCAUUCUGAGCAGGAAAGACGACUCCAAGACUGAGACCAUCGUCUGUAAGCAGCUUGAUCUGACUCAUCUCAGGGAGAGGAAUGUGGAGGACCUAUCAGGAGGAGAGCUGCAGCGCUUUGCCAUCGCUGUGGUCUGCAUCCAGAGAGCAGACAUCUUCAUGUUUGACGAGCCGUCCAGUUACCUGGAUGUGAAGCAGCGUCUAAGAGCUGCCGUCACCAUCCGCUCCCUCAUCUCCCCAGACAGAUACAUCAUAGUGGUGGAACACGACCUGAGUGUGCUGGACUACCUGUCUGACUUCAUCUGCUGUCUGUACGGAGUGCCCAGCGCCUAUGGAGUGGUCACUAUGCCCUUUGGAGUUAGAGAAGGCAUCAACAUUUUCCUGGACGGCUAUGUGCCCACGGAGAAUCUGCGUUUCAGGGAGAUAUCGCUGGUGUUCAAGGUGGCGGAGACGGCCAACGAGGAGGAGAUCAAGAGGAUGUGCCACUACCAGUACCCCCACAUGAAGAAGAACAUGGGAGACUUUGCCCUGGAGAUCCUGGAAGGAGAGUUCACUGACUCUGAGAUCAUGGUCAUGCUGGGAGAGAACGGGACGGGCAAAACCACGUUCAUCAGAAUGCUGGCUGGCCGUCUGAAACCAGAUGAAGGGGGGGAAGUGCCUAUCUUGAACGUCAGCUACAAACCCCAAAAGAUCAGCCCCAAAUUCAAAGGUAGUGUGCGGGCUCUGCUCCAUGAGAAGAUCCGAGAUGCCUACACUCACCCCCAGUUUGUGACUGAUGUCAUGAAGCCUAUGCAGAUUGAGAGCAUCAUCGACCAGGACGUCCAGAACCUGUCUGGUGGAGAGUUGCAGAGGGUGGCCAUGGCCCUGUGUCUGGGGAAACCAGCUGAUGUCUACCUGAUAGACGAGCCCUCCGCCUACCUGGACUCUGAGCAGCGUCUCGUGUGCGCCAAGGUCAUCAAAAGAUUCAUCCUCCACGCCAAAAAGACUGCGUUUGUGGUGGAGCACGACUUCAUCAUGGCCACCUACCUGGCUGACCGCGUCAUCGUGUUCGACGGUAUUCCCUCGCGAAGCACCGCUGCCAACACGCCACAGACCUUACUCGCGGGGAUGAACAAGUUCCUAUCACAGCUGGAGAUCACGUUCAGGAGAGACCCCAACAACUUCCGACCAAGGAUCAACAAGAUGAAUUCCAUAAAGGAUUGUGAACAGAAGAAGAGUGGGAACUACUUCUUCCUGGAUGACUAAAGGACCAAACCCUCCCUCCAUCAGAGAGACCUCCAUAUCCAUCCUCCUCAAGCCCUGACACCUGUAUGGCUGUUCCAAUACCCACACUAGCAUUCCAUGCUACAUUGCUUCGUUCUAAGUGAUGUUAGCGUUGGUAUUUGGAACGUAGCCCUACCCUACUGGCCCCCCCUUGGGCCGAUGGCUUAGAGACCCAACCUGGGUGGACCACCAGAGUCAUACGUACACGCACACACAGGGCGAGUUUGUUUUGCAUUGCCUGGUGCCCUGGGGUUUACAUAUUAGACAAUUGGUCCUAAAGUGAAAUCUUCCAACCACCCGUGUGCACAGGGCUAUGCAAAACGAACUUGCCCACACACACCUACCUUUGUGAGCCGAAGGAGUGUUUUAUCAAAGAGUCAUCCAAUUUAUGUAAUUUUAAAAUAGUAUAUUAUGAAUAAACACCAUUUCCAGAGUAUGGUGGUGUUUGAAAGUGAAAUUGUGUGUUUUGUCCACAAUAGGGCAGCAGACUACUGCGGUUCGUUGGUUCUCCAUCAGAAAAUGGACAUCUGAAGUAAUACAUAAUCUAUUUACUGGAAUUAAAGGCAAUGUACCUUAAAUCUGCGGUUCAACAAUUAAAAGUGUCUCUCUACA